AUGAGUACUACUACAGAUACUACACCUGCAGUGGUAAAAGUACCACAGAAGCCCUCACAAUGGUCUAAGCUCCAAACAGCCACCCAUUUGAUGGGCGGUGCUGGUGGUACAGCAGACAAGAAAAAGAAGAAUAAAAAUAUGCAGUCAGCAACACCACUGACCAUCGACACGCAGCACAUAAAUGGCAACGGCGAUCAUGGGCCUAAUAAGCAACCAGAGCCUCAACAACAACAACAGCAGGAGCAAAAGACAACGUCGAAACACACGCGAGUGGCGUCUUCUACCGUGUCCGCCAACACAACCUUUUCAAAUCGCAUCAAGAAGAAUCCAUUUGCAUUUUUGAAAAAGGUAUCCUCUCCAACCACAGGCACGAGAAGCGUACCCAGCAAGACCCAGCAGCAACAGCCUGACCAAGUGCCGAAUCGACUCAAGGUGUUUGUGGGGACGUGGAACAUGUAUGGACGACUACUUCCGAUCGACCUCGCCACGUUCCUGACACACCGCAAAAAGAACAACCAAGAAGAGAUUGAAAGAAUACCCCAUUUGGACCACACCCCGACCCAUCCUUACCAUAUCCUGGCCAUCGGCACGCAGGAGUGUGAGCGGGACAUUUCCGAAUCCCUCAUUUUUCCAUCCAAAGAACUCUGGGAAAAAAGGCUGCAAGAGUAUUUGGGCCCCCAGUACAUGCUGCUGCAGACUGAAACGCUUGCUGCGUUGCAUCUGGCUGUGUUUGUUUGGCAGCCUGUGAGUCACCUUGUUCAAGGCAUCCAAUGUGACCGAAUCAAGACAGGUUGGGCUAACAUGAUCGGAAACAAGGGCGCAGUGGCAAUUUCUCUUUUGUUUGGAUCACGUUCUUUGCUUUUCAUUAAUUGUCAUCUACGGGCACAUCAAUCUAAACUAACGGAGCGCAACGCAAAUGUGCAGCGCAUCCUUCACGAACUUAAAAUACCGGAGUUUGCAACCGACCCGUUGCUAUGCAACAAGAAAAACCAUCACCACCAUGCAACUUCCUCGUUGUCAAGGAUACAAAGCACCGCAAGCAGCAGCGCCAACAGUAUUCGUCGCCACCGCCGUCGGAAACGCCGAGACGACACUAAGCCAGAAAAGGCAGAGGUCGAGGCAAUAUUCUCUGGUGAAGCCGAAACACCCAGUGUGACAGAGCGAUUUGAUCAUGUUUUCAUAUUUGGCGAUACAAACUACCGCAUCAAUGCCGACAGAAAAUGGGUUUUGGACACGGUCAAAAAAGGCGAUUAUAAAUCUCUGUUGCGUUUCGAUCAGCUUACAGUAGAACGUCAUUCGGGCGCAAGUCCGUUGACAGCUUUCAAUGAGCAUCCUAUUGACUUCCCACCUACGUACAAGCUCGAUACCAUCAAUAACGACGAUGCGAGCGAGUCCAGUAGUGAUAGCGGCAGUGACGACGACGAUAGCCAUUCUUCACCUUUUGAUUGGUUCUCGUCUGCAUCCUCUUCACGUCGGUCCACAGCACAAACGACACCUACCACGACUACAGGGGCUUCUUCCGCUACCCCUUCAUCUUCCUCAGCUACGCAGCAGCAAAGCAAGGCAUCCGCUACCGCAGGGGCUUCUUCUUCUUCUUCUUCUGAUACUCCUUCCACACCCUCAUCUAAACAGCAACAACCAAAGCAAAAGCAAGCAAAACAGCAGACACUAGCGUCACAGCAACAGCAAGUGCCGCCAGUACCGCCUCUACCACCACUACCGCCUCUACCACCACUACCUAAAGAAUCUUUGAAUAACAACAAGACCAGACAUCGCAAGCAGCGAUCCCUAUCAGCACCAGAGAUCCGUCCAUUGUCACAACAUUUCGUUUCGCCUAGCGAAUUAAAGUAUGACAGCAGUGAAAAGCAAAGGAUUCCAUCCUAUACAGAUCGAAUCUUGUGGCACGAUCGAAAGCGGGACUGUCCCGACUCUGCUGCUGCUGUUGCUGCUGCUACGGUAUCAGCAGCCUCAACAACAACAACAACAACACGCGGGAUUGUAGCAGCAAGCUCAUCAGCAGCAACAACAACGGAAAUCAAGCCAGCCGCUUGGUGGAAACGUAAACGAAGCAUGUCCAAGUCACGAUCCCUUGCAGCAGCCAAGGAGGAGCCGAAUAAGGAUACCAUUUGUUGGUGGUACGGUGCAAUUUUGGAUCAGGCGCUUGUCGGUGUAAGCGACCAUAUGCCUGUUGUGGGCGUCUAUGGUAUUUAUUUCGAUGAAUGGGAACCAAAAACACAGAUCCCUGCCACUGUCGCCGCUGCAGCAGCAGCAGCACCUACCAACACCAUUGCCAAUACCACCACUACUGCCACCACAAAAGCACAAGAUACCCAACAACAACAACAUGCCGCCAAGAAAAAGAAGAAGCAUUGGUGGAAACUCAUUGUAUAG